GUGAGCUUGGGCGUGUGUUCGGUUGACAGUAUGAGGGUAAUGUUUUGGUUGUUGUGAAAGUGAGGGGGGCGUGUUUAUUUUAUCAUAAUGGUGUUGAGGAACGUUUGAAAUCAAAGUAAACACGUAACACAAAUAAACAAGAAGAUGGCGAGGCCACCUGUCCCUAGUCAGCAAAAAUUAGCUGAAAAAUUGACAAUAUUAUUGGAUAGAGGAGUUGGUAUGCUGACAAGGAUUUACAACAUAAAAAAGGCCUGUGGUGAUGCUAAGUCAAAACCAGGAUUUCUGUCAGAUAAAACUUUAGAAUCAUCUAUCAAAUAUAUUGUUAGAAGAUUCCCGAACAUUGACAUCAAAGGAGUAAGUUCAAGUCAAUCUCUCCAAGCUAUCAACCAGCUUCGAAAUGAUAUAAUAAAAUCCCUUUCAUUGUAUUAUUAUACAUUUGUGGAUCUGCUGGACUUCAGAGAUAAUGUUUGUGAUUUGUUGACAACGAUGGAUGCGUGCCAGGUGCACCUUGAUAUUACUCUGAACUUUGAGCUGACACGUGCAUACCUGGAACUAGUUGUUACGUACGUGACGUUAAUGGUGCUCUUGUCAAGAGUGGAAGACAGAAGAGCUGUUCUUGGAUUGUUUAAUGCUGCCCAUGAAAUGCUUCACCAGCAAAGUGAUGCCAGUUUUCCUCGUCUAGGGCAAAUGAUAAUGGACUACGAUCCACCUAUUAAGAAACUUUCUGAAGAAUUUGUGCCUCAUUCAAAACUGCUUUGCAGUGCUCUUAUGUCGCUGUCGGCAGUUUAUAUGAAUCGAAAUGUGACUGCAGAGAAGUGGAGGGCUGAUCAAAAACUGAGCCUUGUAGCAAAUCCUGGACAACUUUUAAAACCUGCACAAACUGAGUCAAUGUCCUGUGAAUAUCUGUCUCUCGACGCAAUGGAAAGAUGGAUAAUAUUUGGCUUCAUGUUAUGCCAUUCAGCCCUCAACCAAGAAAAGGCAAAUAAGCUAUGGCUGAGUGCUCUGGAGUCAAGCUGGGUAAUAGCUUUAUUCCGAGAUGAAGUUUUGUACAUUCAUUCCUACAUUCAGAGCUAUUUUGACACUCUUAAAGGAUAUGGGAAGAAAAUAUCAGAAGUAAAAGAGUGCUAUAAUCAAGCUGUCCAGAAAGCGGCACACCGACACCAAGAAAGAAGGAAGUUUCUGCGUACAACUUUAAAGGAACUCGGCUUGAUACUUACAGACCAGCCAGGAUUACUUGGUCCUAAGGCACUGUUAAUCUUCAUUGGCCUCUGCCUAGCAAGGGAUGAAGUAUACUGGCUUUUGCGCCAUAAUGACAACCCACCUCAGCAAAAGAGUAAAGGAAAAACUGCAGAAGACCUGGUGGAUAGGCAGUUACCAGAGCUGCUUUUUCACAUGGAAGAACUGAGAGUUCUUGUUCGAAAAUACAGCCAAGUAAUGCAGAGGUACUAUGUGCAGUACCUAUCAGGGUUUGAUGCUAUUGCUUUAAAUCAAAUGGUACAGAAUUUGCAAGUUUGUCCAGAGGAUGAAAGCAUUAUUUUGUCUUCAAUGUGCAGCACAAUUGCUAACUUAUCCGUAAAACAAGUUGAGGAAAAUGAAUUGUUUGAUUUCCGUUCAAUUCGGCUUGAUUGGUUUAGAUUACAAGCUUAUACAUCAGUCAGUAAAUCACCAAUAGUGCUUGAAGAAAAUAAAGACUUAGCUUCCUUGAUUGACAUUAUUGUCUUCCACACAAAAAUGGUUGAUUUUCUUGAUGAAAUGUUGGUUGAAACAUCUGAUUUAUCAAUUUUCUGUUUCUACAGCAAAAUCUUUGAAGAUCAAUUUCAUAUGUGUUUGGAGUUCCCCGCACAAAAUCGAUACAUUGUGGCCUUUCCUCUUAUUUGUGGACACUUCCAAAGCUGCACACAUGAACUAUGCCCAGAGGAGCGUCAUCACAUCAGAGAGAGAAGUUUGUCAGUUGUAAAUUUAUUCUUGGAAGAAAUGGCAAAAGAAGCAAAGAAUAUAAUAACAACAAUAUGUGAUGAACAGUGUAUAAUGAGUGAUAAGCUACUUCCAAAACACUGUGCAAUUUUAAUAUCACAGGUUGUAAACAGAAAAAAGAAAGACAAGAAUAAGAAGAGUUCUCCAGAAAUAGCCAAACCUGGAGUUGAAAGCUAUCGAAAAACCAGAGAAGAACUCACCACCAUGGAUAAACUUCACAUGGCAUUGACUGAACUAUGUUUUGCCAUUAACUAUUGCUCAACCAUCAAUGUGUGGGAUUACACUUUUGCACCCCGUGAAUAUCUGACACAGCAUUUGGAAACAAGGUUUGCACGGGCACUUGUAGGAAUGGUGAUGUACAAUCCAGAUACUAGUGAAAUCGCUAAACCUUCAGAACUUCUGAUAAGUGUUAGAGCUUAUAUGAAUGUACUACAGACAGUAGAGAAUUAUGUGCACAUUGACAUUACUCGAGUCUUCAACAAUGCGUUGCUGCAGCAAACACAAAAUAUGGAUAGUCAUGGUGAAAAAACAGUGGCUUCACUAUACACUCAAUGGUAUUCUGAGGUUUUAUUGAGAAGAGUGAGUGCAGGCAAUAUUUGCUUCUCCAAUAUUCAGCGUGCUUUUGUUAGCCUGACAGCAGAAGGUGCAAUUCCAUUUAAUGCUGAAGAGUUUUCAGACAUCAAUGAGCUACGAGCAUUGGCUGAAUUAAUAGGCCCUUACGGUAUGAAACUACUGAAUGAGACUCUUAUGUGGCAUAUUGCCAGUCAGGUACAAGAGCUGAAGAAAUUGGUAACUGGUAAUAAGGAUGUUUUAGUAUCUCUGCGAACUAAUUUUGACAAGCCAGACAUAAUGAAAGAGCAGUUCAAGAAAUUGCAGCAUGUUGACAAUGUGUUGCAAAGGAUGACAAUUGUGGGGGUGAUUUUGAGUUUUCGGCAGUUAGCACAAUCAGCCUUAGUAGAUGUUCUAGAAGAAAGAAUACCAUUUCUUUUGAGCUCCAUACUUGAUUUUUAUAACCAUCUUCCUAGUGGAGACUCAAUGGUUAGUGUUGCUGUUGUUCAGGCUGUUAGUGAAAUGGCAUCUGCAGCAGGAUUGAGUUGCAAGGUUGAUCCCACUCUUGUAGCUGCCCUUCGAAAUCAAAAGAAUGAUUCAGAAGAAGAUGACCACCUAGUGGCAUGUUUGCUGAUGGUUUUUGUGGCUGUGUCAAUCCCAAAAUUAGCUCGCAAUGAAAAUUCAUUUUAUCGAGCAUCACUGGAAGGACAUGCCAAUAAUAUACAUUGUAUGGCAGCUGCUGUAAACAACAUUUUUGGUGCACUUUUCACAAUAUGUGGACAAGGAGAUAUGGAAGACCGAAUGAAAGAAUUCCUCGCUCUUGCUUCUUCAAGCUUGUUACGCCUUGGACAAGAAGCAGAUAAGGAGGCCAUUCGAAACAGGGAGUCAGUAUACCUACUUCUUGACCAGAUAGUGCAAGAGUCACCUUUUCUUACGAUGGAUCUGUUGGAGUCGUGUUUUCCUUAUGCUCUCAUCAGGAAUGCUUACCAUGCUGUUUACAAACAGGAGCACAUGCAAGUGUAAAGCACAAUGGACAUCAUUUUUUUAAAUAACGAGUGAUAUGCUAAAUGCCAAACUAUUCUGCUGUUCAUCAGAUAUGUGUAGAUUUUGUAUGCAACAACACUGCCUUUAACCAAAAUAAAAUGUAAAUUUUGUGUA